AUGAUAGCGCUCGUUGUACGACGCUGCUCCUUGCCAGUUCAAACGGCAGCCUGGGCGGAAGACGGAAGCAAAAUCGAAUCGAGCAAAGCUGAAGCCAAAAAAAGAACACGAGAGGAAGGACACAACUGGUCGUCAGCCGAACGGCAGUUGUCAGCCCCCGCCUUUACCUUCUUUGGACUUUCUGUUCUGUGGCUCUUUGACAGCUUUGAUUGGGCUCGUCUUACGACUCCCGUGUUGCUUUUUCCGGUGUGGCAGUGUGCAAGUGCAAAAAGUGUUGUCUGGAACCUGGAAGGACCUGAAAGGCAGAACAACCAGAGCUUGGAGGUCUCCCCAAGACAGCUCGACGAUACCUGA